AGUUUUUCUAAUUUUUAAAGAAAACAAUAAAAAGGUGUUUUACGAAUAUAUUGGGGGUUCUUGUAUUAGAAAAACACACUUUGUAAACAACAAAGCUCGCAACUUGCAAAACAAGGGUUUUCAGGAUUUUUGUUAAUUGAAGAAAUCAUGGCUACCGAGGAUAACAUCGCUGAAUUGAAAGAAGAAAUUCCUGAUAUAGUACCAUUUGACCCCACUAAGAAGAAAAAGAAGAAGAAGGUUGUCAUUCAAGAUCCUGCUGAUGAAUCUGUGGAUAAAUUGGCUGAGAAAACAGAGAAUUUAUCAGGAGAACUGAAGAUAGGGUUUUUGCUGGGGGUUUUGCCCUGUAAUUAUGUAAUAAUGGAAGCAUUGAAGAGUGCAAAGGCUAAUUUGAGUGUGUAUCUUCACCCCUCACAAACUAAAGACGUUAUUCAAUCGGUUAAUCGGGAGCUUAGCUCUCUACUUUUCAAGUUUAACGAAAUUUUUGAUGGUGUAUUGUUAGCACACGAGGUUAUGGAUAUACCAAGUAGACACGGGGAGAUUCUAAAUGGUCUCUUUCCUUAUGUUGGUGUUAGACUGACAGCGAGACUUUUACUUUUUGCUCCAAAGCCGGAUACAUAUUUAGAAGGUAAAGUUGUGAAGGUUGCCCAAGAGUCUAUACAUGUUGUUGUUCUUGGAUUUUCAGCUGCCAUUAUAACACAUGAAGACAUUCGUGAUGAGUUUAAAUUUAAGAUUAAAAGCGGGGAAGAAAUAUUCCGGAGCUCAUCACAUAAGAGGCAUAUAAUUAAAGUUGGAACCAUGGUACGCUUCUUAGUCAAGAGCUUUGAUGAAGAAAUACUGCACAUAUCCGGGUCCUUGAUUCCACCGAGUACUGGAAGCAUUCACUGGCACGCAUCUUUAACCAACAGUUCCAGGAAGCGGAGAGAAAAUGAAGGAAUAAAGGAGUUGAGUACUGGAACAAUUGAUGGAGUUGCAAUUUCUAAUGAUUAUCAUGUGUUAAAGAAAUCAAAGAAACAAAGAGUUCAUUAAGGAUGCAUUAGGGUUUGAAGAUUCCAACAAGUUCAUGAUUGUAACACAGUGAUGUAUUCCAAAUACGCAGGAAACGAGUUCAAGGGUAAAGAUGAAUCUGACUAUAUAGUGUUUAGGGCGUCUGACGUUAUGGCUGUUCUCUCCUCUUAAUCUCCGUUCCUGAAACUAUGUAAAAGGAAUGUGUUUUAGGUCAUUAUGAUUUUUGUAGCACCAUGAGUCUUGGAAGUGUUUGUUCAUAUAGCUUGCAAUUUUGAUUGUUGA